CAUUUAAAUUCUGGGAGGUUCUGGGCGUCAGCAGCAGGCACAGGAGGCAGCAGAGUACAGCAUCAUCUGGACUGAACUCUUCUCCAGCCGGUCACAGGCUUCUCAGCCAGACAUCUACCGAGGAAAAAUCACCACCAUGAGAAUUGCAGUGAUCUGCUUUUGCCUCUUAGGCAUCGCCUACACCCUUCCAGUUAAACACAAGGCUGAUUCUGGCAGCUUUGAGGAAAAAUAUCUUUCCAACAAACACCCAGAUCCUAUGGCUGCAUGGCUAAAGCCUGACCCAUCUCAGAAGCAGACUCUCCUGGCACCACAGAAGGCUGCAUCCUCUGAAGAAACUGAUGACUUUAAACAAGAGACCCUCCCAAGUAAGUCCAAUGAAAGCCAAGACCACACGGAUGAUGUGGAUGACGAAGAUGAUGGGGACCAGGUUGACUCAGACGACUCGAGUGAUGCCGAUCACACUGAUGACUCUGACCAUUCCAAUGAAUCUGAUGAAUCUGAUGAAGUAGUCACUGACUUUCCUACUGAAGAUCCAGCAACUCCAGUUUUCACUACACCUGCUGCCACAAGGGACACUUAUGAUGGCCGAGGUGAUAGUGUGGCUUAUGGGCUGAAGUCAAAAUCUAAGACCCUCUACAGACCUAAAAUCCAGUUUUCUGAUGCUACAGAGGAGGACUUCACCUCACAUAUGGAAAGAAAAGAGCUGCACAAUGCACACAAGGCCAUCCCUGUCGCCAAGCGCCUGAGCAGGGCUGCUGAUUGGGAUCGCUAUGGAAAGGACAGUCAUGAAAGCAGACAACUGGAUGACCAUAGUGUGGAAACCCACAGCCAUGAGCAGUCCAAAGAAGAUAAGCUGAGGGCAAGUCACGAGAGCAGGGAGCAUUCUGAUGUAAUUGAUAGUAGAGAAAAUUCCAAAGUCAGACAUGAAUUCAACAGCCAAGAAUUUCAUAGCCAUGAAGGCAAGCUAGUCCUAGACCCUAAUAGUAAGGAAGAAAAUAAACACCUGAAAUUUCACAUUUCCCAUGAAUUAGAUAGUGCAUCUUCUGAGGUCAACUAAAAAAAGAAAAAAAAUGUGUAAUUUCUAACUUUGCUUUGACUAAAAAGGAAAAAAUAUAGUAUAGUGGGGUGAAAGAAAAUAUGAAAUGCUUAUUACUUGGCUUAGUGGGUGAAUGUAUAUGUAUGUGGAUCUGGAAAUAGAUAACAUUUUUUAUUAUUCGUUUAUUUUGUGGCUUAAUGGUAACACCCUUGUAAACUAAAGUCUUCAGAGCUUGGUCUAUGUCCUUUCCAUACAAGAAAUGUAAACUAUCACUGCAUUUUAAUAUUUGUUAUUCUUUUAUGAAUAGAAAUUUAUGUUGAAGCAAACAAAAUACUUUUACACACUUAGAGAGUAUUAUGUCACUAUAAUCUUGUUUUUUAAAUUAGUGUAUAUUUUGUUGUGAUUAUUUUUGUUUGUGUGAAUAAAUCUCAUAUCUUGGAUUUAAUGAGA